CUGGGUAAACCUCUCGGAGAUGGCCACUCAGGAGGAGGCCACUGGAGAGAGGGUUCCCCAGCAUGAUGUUGCUUCUCUCAUGGAUUUGUCUGUUCUUCUGGGCAUCGAUGCUUUUCAAUUGGAAAAGGAAAUCAUAAAAGAGGAGCAGAAAGAACGAGACAAAAUGCAGAAAGGCUUUAACUCAGGCAUGCGCAGUGAAGCAAAAAGAUUAAAGACUUUUGUGACCUACAACACCUACAGCUCAUGGACACCACAGGAGAUGGCAGCUGCUGGGUUCUAUUUCACUGGCGUAAAAUCUGGGGUGCAGUGCUUCUGCUGCAGCCUAGUCCUGUUCCAUACCAGCCUCCAGAGACUCCCCGUAGAAGAACACAAGAAGUUCCAUCCAGAUUGUGAGUUCCUUUUGGGCAAAGAUGUUGGUAACAUUGCCAAGUAUGACAUAAGAGUUAAGAACCCAGAGAACAAGCUGAGAGGAGACAAAGCAAAGUACCAAGAAGAGAAGGCCAGACUGGAAUCCUUCAAAGAUUGGCCAUUUUAUGCCCAGGGGACAUCCCCAAGGGAGCUCUCAGCGGCUGGUUUUGUCUUUACAGGGAAACGGGACACUGUGCAGUGUUUUUCCUGUGGUGGAUGUUUAGGAAAUUGGGAGGAUGGAGAUGACCCUUGGAAGGAACAUGCCAAAUGGUACCCUAGAUGUGAAUUUCUUCAAAGUAAGAAAUCCUCAGAGGAAAUUGCCCAGUAUAUUCAAAGCUACAAGGGAUUCGUUGGUGUCACGGGAGAACAUUUUGUGAAUUCCUGGGUCAAGAGAGACUUACCUAUGGCAUCAGCUUAUUGCAAUGACAGCAUCUUUGCUAAUGAAGAACUACGACUGGACACUUUUAAGAACUGGCCCCCUGAAUCUCCUGUGGGAGCUGCAGCUCUGGCCAAAGCAGGUCUCUUCUACAUAGGUAAAGAGGACAUCGUCCAGUGUUUCUCCUGCAGAGGAUGUAUACAAAACUGGGUGGAAGGUGAUGACCCAUUAAAAGACCACACCAGAUAUUUUCCCAAUUGUCAGUUUCUCCAAAACAUGAAGGCCUCUGCAGAAGUGACCCCGGACCUUCGCAGGCACAAUGAACUUGCUGAAUUAACGGAAACCACAAGUGAAAGCAAUCUUGAAGAUUCAGCAGCAGUUAGUUCUACAGUGCCAGAGAUGGCCCCGAGUGAAGCCCAGUGGUUUCUGGAGGCAAAGAGUCUGAACCAGCAACUGAGAGAAACCUACAUCAGUGCCAGUUUCCGCCAUAUGUGUUUGCUUGAGGUCCCUUCCCUUGUAGCCACAGACAAUUUGCUGAGUUGUGACCUGUCCCUCGCUUCAAAACAUAUCAGCAGCCCUGUGCAGCAGCCUGUGCUAUUGUCUGAUGUCUUUACCAACUUGAACUCCGUUGUGUGUGUGGAGGGUGAGGCUGGUAGUGGAAAGACAGUCCUCCUGAAGAAAAUAGCUCUUCUGUGGGCGUCAGGAUGCUGCCCCUUGUUAAACAGUUUCCAGCUGGUCUUCUACCUCUCCCUUAGCUCCACCAGACUGGACCAGGGGCUGGCCAACAUCAUUUGUGACCAACUCCUGGAGACGGAAGGAUCUGUUACUGAAAUGGUCCUGAGGAAUAUCAUCCAGCAGUUAAAGAACCAGGUAUUAUUCCUCUUGGAUGACUACAAAGAAAUGUGCUUGGUCCCUCAAGUCAUAAAAAACCUGAUUGAAAAAAAUCACUCAUCAAGGACCUGUGUAUUGAUUGCUGCCCAUACAAACAGGGUCAGAGGCAUCCGCCGAUACCUAGAUAUGAUUCUAGAGAUCAAAACGUUUCCCUUCUAUAAUGCUAUCUACAUAUUACGGAGUUUCUUUUCUCAUGAUAUGGCCCAUCUGCGGAAGUUUAUGAUUUACUUUGGAAAAAAUGUAAAUUUGCGGGGAAUUCAGAAAACUCCUCUUUUUGUAGCAGCAGUCUGUGCUAAUUGGCUUCAGUAUUCUUUUAACCAGUCCUUGGAUGAUUUUGCUGUUUUCAAGUCCUAUAUGGAAUGUCUUUUCUUAAAGCACAAAACUUCAGCUGAACUUCUCAAAGCAACUGUGUCCUCCUGUGGUGAACUAGCCUUGAAAGGGUUUUUUUCAUCUUGCUUUGAGUUUAGUGAUGAUGACCUUAGAGAAGCAGGGAUUGAUGAAGAUGAAGAUCUAACCCUGUACCUGAUGAGUAAAUUCACUGCCCAGAGACUGAGACCAGUCUAUCAGUUUUUAGAUCCUGCAUUCCAAGAAUUUCUUGCUGGGGAGAGACUGAUUGUACUCCUGGAUUCAGACAGGCCAGAAGAUCUAGAUUUGGGACUUUAUUAUUUGAAACAAAUCAACUUAUCCAUGGUGAUUAAAAAUUACUGUAUUGGCUUUUUGAGGUAUAUUUUCUGCUACCCUUCAACAAAGGCAGGGCCAAAAAUUGUAUCUCAUUUACUUCAUUUGUUGGAUAAUAAGGAGUCAUUGGAGAAUAUAUCUGAAAAAGAUGACAAUCUAAAGCACCAUUCAGACUUUUUGGAGCUAAUGACAUUAAUAAGGAUGUCACAGGUAUUAUCUCCACAAUGUUACUUUUCACUGGUUUCAAACCAUUUACUGUCUCUUGCCAUAAAAAUUGCUUAUCAAAGCAACACUGUAGCUGCAUGUUCUCCAUUUAUUUUGCAAUUCCUUCAAGGGAAGACCCUGAAUUUGGAUGUGCUUAACUUACAGUAUUUUUUUGACCAUCCCGAAAGCCUGUUACUGUUGAGGAGCAUCAAAGUCUCUCUAAGAGGAAAAAUGAAUAUCGGGACACCCAUACCAGAGAGUUCAGUCCUGGAAAGAUGCUGGGACAAAGCACAGGUGCCAACUAUACAUCAGGACUGUGCUUCUGCCUUUGAACCAAUGAAGGAAUGGGAGCGGAGUUUAGCUGAAAAGGAGGAAAACAUAAUGAGAUUUCAGAAUAUGAAACUCAAUGCACCACCAAAUAUCAGCAAUGGCUAUUGGAAACUUUCUCCAAAACGGUACAAGAUUCCCCUUCUGGAAGUCCACGUAACUGGCAUGGAUGGUGUGGAUCAACAUAUGCUCAGGGUUCUGAUGUCAGUUUUCUCAGCUUCACAGCACAUUGAGCUUUAUUUAAACCAGAGCAGGGGCUUUGUUGAAAGCCUUCGCCCAGCUCUUGAGCAGUACAAGGCUUCUUUCACCAAGUGCUCCAUAAGCAAAUCUGAGCUGAAUGAAGUAGAACAGGAAUUGCUUCUCAACCUGUCUUCCCUGCAAUCUCUUGAAGUCUCAGAAACAACCCAGGUACAAGAUCAACUCUUUCCUAAUUUGGACAAGUUCCUGUGCCUGAAAGAAUUGUCUGUGAAUGUAGAUAAAGAAAAUGUUUUUUCAGUCAUUCCUGAAGAAUUCAUAAAUCUCCACUAUAUCGAGAAAUUAUUGAUCCAUAUUUCAGUUGAGCGCGGUCCUUCCAAACUAGUUAAAUUGAUUCAGAAUUCUCCAAACCUUCAUGUUUUUCAUCUGCAAUGUAAUAGCUUUUCAGAUUUUGAGUCUCUCAUGAUUGUACUUGCUUCCUGUAAGAAACUCGAAGAAAUUAAACUUUCUGGAGUAUUUUUUAAUGCCAUCCCAUUUGUCACCGUUUUGCCCAAUUUUAUUUCUCUGAAGAUAUUAAAUCUCCAAAACCAACAAUUCCCUGAUAAGGAAACAUCUGAAAAAUUUGCCUACACUUUAGGGUCUCUUAAUAACCUGGAAGAACUGAUCCUUCCUACUGGAGAUGGGAUUUAUCAAGUGGCCAAACUGAUCAUCCAGCAAUGUCAGUAUCUUCCAUGUCUCCGAGUUCUCUUAUUUUUCAAGACUUUAAAUGAUGACAGUAUAAUGGAAAUUGCCAAAGGAGCCCUCAGUGGAGGUUUCCAGAAACUUCAGAACUUAGAUCUUUCAUUGAAUCACAAUAUUACAGAGGAAGGAUACAGAAAUUUCUUUCAAGCAUUGGACAACUUGCCAAAGUUACAAGAGUUGAAUAUUUCCAGGCAUUUCACCAACUGUAUCAGAGCUCAGGCCACAACAGUGAAGUCUUUGAGUCAAUGUAUGUCACGGCUGCCGGGCCUUACCAGACUUAACAUGUUAAGUUGGCUCCUGGAUACAGAAGACAUCGCGCUGCUUACUUCUGCGAAAGAAAAACAUCCUCAAUCUAAAUACUUAACUAUUCACUGGAAAUGGAUAUUGCCAUUCUCUCCAAUCAUUGAGAAAUAGAAAUUUAGUUAAAAACUACUGAAUCAAGAAAAUAUUGGUCAAAAAUUCUAAAAACCUAAUUAUCCAAAAAUAUUUAUUAAAUACUGCAUACAAAAUAAUGUGUAUAAAAUAUGUAAAGACAUGUAUAAAAUAACAACAACCCUGCCCACACAUGAUUGAGCUUAAGAGACAGAUUUAAAGAAAAAAAAGAGAUUAUCACCAGUACCUUUGAAGUCUCUGAAUGGCACUGCCAACUAAAGUUGAUGUACCUACAUCAACAUCAGGUUUUCAGGCUAAUUACGGUAAAGAACAACAAA